AAAGUUAAACUGCGCGAGCUCCGGUUCCACCGCUAGUCCAGGGAAGACGGCACCAACGUCUGGGGGGGGGAUUUAAGUGGGACAAUAAACUGGAAAUAGUCGCCAAGAAUAGGAACGGUACGCGGGAUGUCUGCGUGAGACCGCCGCCGUCCACUGGAUAUUGGAAGGAAACCCAGCGUGCAAAUGGGUCCCGAGCUGGCGGACGUUGGCGUUUGCUGGUGUCCCGGGAGCUAGCCGGUUGGCCCUGUUAGCUUUUAGCGACGAAGGUGCGCGUUGUUUGCAAUGCUCGGCUACACGGCGCACGACUAGCCCGACUUCACAGGCUCGCAGCAUUUGACCUCCGACCCGGACCCGGUUCAUCGUCUUCUGCCGAGAUGGGCCCCCUUGUUCAGCUAGUGUGACGCGGGGAAACCAUCUGAACCAUGGGAGGAUGCGUGGGGAGAUACUGGGAAGGCUGGGAGGACUCACAGAGCCGAGGCUCGUCCAGGAACGGCGGACGAGGAGCGCGCAAUGAGCCCCUGAAGAAAGAGCGUCCCAAGUGGAAGAGCGACUAUCCGAUGACCGAGGGCCAGCUGCGGAGCAAGCGCGACGAGUUCUGGGACACGGCGCCGGCCUUCGAGGGGCGCAAGGAGAUCUGGGACGCCCUGAAAGCGGCGGCCGUGGCCCUGGAGGGCAGCGACCACGACCUGGCGCAGGCCAUCGUUGACGGGGCCAACAUCACGCUGCCACACGGAAAUCUGGCCGAGUGCUACGACGAACUGGGGACCCGCUACCAGCUGCCCGUCUACUGCUUGGCUCCACCCAUCAACCUCAUCUCAGAGCGCUGCGACGACGACCCCAGCGAUAGCGCCGAACCUCCCGUGGCCCCCAAAAAGGAAUUCCAGCUCAAAGUCCGCCUGUCCACGGGCACCGACCUGCGCCUCAGCGCCAGCAUGGCCGACACCAUCGGCCUGCUGAAGAAGCAGCUGCAGGCCCAGGAGGACAUUGACACCAGCCACCAGCGCUGGUUCUUCUCUGGGAAGCUGCUGCCGGACAAGACGCGGCUGCAGGACACUAAGAUCCAGAAGGACUUUGUCAUCCAGGUGAUAGUUAACCCGCAGGCCCUCCAAGGCCCCAAGACACCUCCCUCCCCCACCACCACCACCACCACAGAGGUCGGCGCCGCCAACCCCAGCCCCACCUCCACCUCCUCCCCUGAGUCUGAAUGACCGAGGACACCGGAGAGACGGAGGGGUGGAGCGCAGGGUGUCGUCCUGCUGCUUUUUGGGUUGUCUUUUGGGGGGAAUCCAAAGUGAAUCCAGUCAGUAACUCGAGAUCCUUGAAUUCCUUGAAUUAAAAGCAGAACUUCUUGUCAUGCAGCCGACUUACUGCACGUCACACGACUCCCCCCACCCCCCCCCUCCCUGAUCUCCCUUUAUUUUUAAUCUGCACCAAUGCUAACUAAGUGCCAAUGGAAGCGAUGGGAAGGAGGUUCUCCUCCACAGAAACACGAAGGCAGAUCGUGACAUCUUUUUCUUUUAUCAAGGACACAAUGUAAACAGCUUUUUUGCACAUUUAAAGAUUAUUCCUAUACUUUUGUGGUAGUUUACGUGCCUUCUACAUGACAGAGAGGGUUAUUGUCCGGCUAGUUUUACCACUAGUCUGAGCCUUCUGUAUUUUUUUAGAUUGAGAAACUCUUUAACCCGCUGCCUUUUAGAAAAAAAAGUAUGAUUAAGACUAAACAUCUGGCGGGUGUGUGUGUGUGCGCGUGCGUGUGUGUGUUUGGCGAUCGGGACGUAGCUUCCCGAGAGCUCCGGUCCCCUGCUCACGGCUUUGCAGUCAAUCAUAUCAUUUUGUAAAAGGAAAGUGGAAUUCCCAUGUAAAAAAAUCUACCGUCUUAAAGGCCGCAUUGUUGUGACCACUUACUGUCCACUGGCGCAGGCGACUGGAGCAAUGUUUUAUCCACAAAACAUUAACUUUUAGUGUUUUUAAUCAAUCUCCUCCGGUGAGUUCUUUGGGAAGGGAAGUGGCCCGUUGCCGGAUAAAAGGAACGUGACAUUAGAGAUGGCAGCUCAGCCGUCCGACCACAGGGGGCGCCAGAGGGAACUCGCGCACAAUGGCCUUGAAUUUCGGCUGGCUGCUUGUAGCUCCCAUCAGGCCCGGCGGUGUAUGUUGUAAAGCGUCGUAGCUUCUUUCCCGCCGUUGCUCAGAUUGCAAAGCAGAUAAAUAUUUGGUCUCUGGUUGCUCGUCUGAUCUCGACUCCCAUAACGGAAUGUGAUCUGCCCGGAUGCAAAGGUCCGCUUCCGGGAGCUUUGGUACCUGGAAUUUUGGUGCCUCGUUGUGUUGUGUCUUUUGAUGUGCAUUUUUAAAACUACAAAAUGAUUUGCAAACUUUCGUUUUUCUUUGUCCUUUGAAUUUUAUAUGGAUCAUUUUGUGAACCUUUCUUUAGUUUACCUUUUAAAAAAAAAAAAAAAAAUCACUUUUCUUUUUCUUUUGCACAGCUUUAAGUCACUAACUAGAACUUUCACUGAAGGGAAAUGGACCACACGUCUUCUGUCCCAGAGAGACCUGCUCAAGCCCACUCUGCUUCUCCGGUAGGACUUCCAGGUCAUAUUGGUGUCAGAUUCGGGGACCGUCCCAGAAUAGAAAAGAGAUUCAGGCCAUUGAAGGGUGAGAAUCUCCAUGCGCAUCGCUACGAUUCACCGCUCUUCUCACACAGCAGGUGAAACGACGCCAUCAGAGUAAAUCCCAGCAGCUCUGUGAAUGAAAAUCAGAAUUCAGCUUCGCUUUACAUUUCAGCCUUGGAGCUGAUCACAAUCACCCUCUUACUGUUUAAGCAUCAUAAGCAAACUUGAAUCAGUGUUUCUCUCUGUAUGUGCAAUACUAUAGACGUCGACCUUACACCCCCUUUUGUUCUGUUCUGCUGACAGAUUUCAUAAAGCACGUGUGGAAAAGCGCGCUAUAAUCUUAUGUCGGGUAAUCGGGUGUCUGCUGUUUUUCUUUUAAUUGUUCACAUUUUUGUCACGUUUGAAAUGUAUUCCAAGCUGCUGUCUUCAGAUCUCUUUUGUGGAUAAACGCUUUCAGUUAAAGGAUCACCAACACAUUUUGGUAAAGACUAGAAGGGAAACUUGUUCUUUCACGAGAAGUUUAGCACCACAUUUAGAGGAGACAUUGAUGCGUAGUUCUGCCCUGUGUAUAUAUACACACACACACACACACACACAGUCUUUGUGUUCUCGGGGAGCGACGCAAACCAUCCUGCACUCAUUACAAUGUACGCGCAUUCCUACUCGCACAUGUAAGACGUGAUUUGUUUUGGAAGCUGGUUAUAAAAGCCAUAACGCGUCAGGAAUAUUUAUUUUCUAUUUUCACGACAACCAAUAGUGCUUCAUAUGCAGAUUCUCUACUUUCAGAACUCUUAUUCCCUGAAGGUAUUGCAGUUAAACAAAGCUUUUCCACGAGAAUACCCAUCGAGCCGUCGCUGAUGAGCUGUUACGGAAGUCAAAAUGUGCUUCUCAGGCGACAGUGUAUUUAAUCGUGAGAUGGACAUUUCUUGGUGAUUUAUGGACACCGGCAGUUUAUUAUGCAGAUUUUUGUCUUCAAUAAUGUUUUUAAACAGUUGAAUUAAAAAAACAAAAUUUAAAAGUGAAAAA